CUUUUAUAAUUUCACUCUCACUCAAUCAGCACUUUGUCAAUACUUCAUCGGCCUCGAAACCAUGGACGCUACACCAGCCCCAAACUCAAGCUACACUGAACAGCCCAGCCAAACGAGUGGCCCGUCACGAACCCAGAGCUUCUCUCAGCAAUCAGACAGCUCCCAAACCUCCCAAACCGCGGCUGACUUCAUCAAUAGCCAACUUCAACUAGAAGCAGAUGCACGCGAAGCCCUACCAUAUAAAUUCGAGAAAUGUACAAAACCAAUUGGAAAGCUCCGCCAGCAGAUAUUCUCUUGCUUGACGUGUAAUCCACCUCCAGAAAAUCCGACUGAUCCCUACACUGCGGCCGGUGUUUGCUACUCCUGCUCGAUUUCUUGCCAUGGCGAACACACUUUGGUCGAGCUUUUCAACAAGAGGGACUUUGUUUGCGAUUGCGGUACGACGCGUCUGCCGGCCACAUCACACUGCACUCUUCGUGUAAAUCCAGAGACCAACACAAAGGGAGGUGUCCAUUCGGAGGAGCCUGCGCCUGAUAACAGAUAUAAUCAGAAUUUUAGGAAUAGGUUUUGUGGUUGCGAAUGCGACUACGAUGCCUAUGCGCAGAAGGGUACAAUGUUCCAAUGUCUUGGUAUAGGUACAGCUGAGACUGGAGGAUGUGGCGAAGACUGGUGGCAUCCAGGGUGCUUAGUGGGACUGGGUCCAAAUUGGGACGACGAAUCUGGUCGGAAGCCAAACAAUGAAGGGUUCCUUGAGUCCAUCACCGAGGUCGCCGAAGCUGUGGUCGACGAAAAGAGCGGAGAUACCAAGACUGAAGCCACAAAUAACGAAGAAUCAGCAGCACCAACAGGGGUCGUGCCCUCGGGGGAGGAAGCCGAUGAAGAGGAUCCUCCACUGCCGCCUGGUUUUCCCGCCGAAGAUGACUUUGAAGGCUUUAUUUGCUACAAGUGUGUCGAAGCAAACCCGUGGAUCAAGCGAUAUGCUGGCACGACUGGCUUUUUAGCACCAGUAUUCAGACGAAGUACAGCACCUUCUCCGGAGACCGGAUUGCUCGGCAAGACUGAGGAGCUGGUUGCUUCACACUUACCGUUAAUUAAGAAGCGCAAGGCAGAGGAUGACGAGGAGUCAGUUGCAUCAAAGCGACACAAGGAGGAUAUGCCGGCUGCUAGUGGCGAUUCCUUGCUCGUAGCGCCGGUACAGCCAGAACUUGCUACUCUGACUGAGCCAGCAGCUUCGGAGAACGGCAAUGGGCCUUGCAGAUAUAAAUCUCUCGCACCAGCACCAACAGGCCAGGUAUCACUUUUCUUCAAGGAAGAUUUCCGUGAGCACCUCUGCCGUUGCUCGUCCUGCUUUCCUCUUCUCCAAGCACACGAACAACUUCUUGACGAAGAAGAGCUAUAUGAGCCCUCCGUCUCCGAUAACGAGGAGGAAGCUGGUGGUAGCACAGUUGGCAGUGGCAGUAUCUACGACCGUGGUGAGAGCGCACUCAAGAACGUGGACCGGGUCCGGGCUAUCGAGGGUGUCAUGGCGUACAAUCAUCUCAAGGAUAAGCUCAAACCCUUCUUUCAGCAAUUUGCGGAGAGUGGACAGGCAAUCAGUGCUGAGGAUAUCAAGGCUCACUUCGCCAAGAUGAGAGGUGAUGAGCAGGCUAUCAAGGACGCAGGAGAGGGCGCGAAGAGAGAAACUGAUAACAGAAAGGAACAAGGAGGCUAUUGA